UAAAUACUAGUCGUUAACCUAUGAAAAAAUCCAGGGGUUCAUCUGCCUGUUAUAUAUCGCAUUUGUUCUCAUUUAAUUUUUGUUGAGAAGAAAAAAAAGGAGCUAUUUUGACGUCGUAUUAUUUGUGGGAUUUUAUUACAGCUAUUUAUCGAAUAUAUGAUAUAAAAAAACAGACUUUCACUACCACUGCUCGAGAUUAAAAAAAUGGAACUAGCAAUCUCUAUAAUUAAAGCCCUUGUCUGUUUGUCUGUCUGAUACGGAAACACGAAAUGCGAUAUAAUAAAGGACGGGUGAACCUAUUGGAUUUUUUUAUAGGUAAUGACUAGUAUUUAAAUGACUACUUGUGAAAACAAACAAAAUUAUAUGUAUAUAUUUUGAAUUACUUAUAUAUACCAGUGCUUUAAAUAAUGUUUUUCAAACCUGACAUUGUUUUAUGCUUCUAUUAAAGGAAACCCAAGGUAUACAAUGAUGUUGGACUUAGUAUCUAGCUAAAAAAGUUGGUUAAAGGGGCUAUGAACCAGUUAAAAUGCCCACAUUCCGUAUAUCCCGCGCACAAAUUAAAAAUCCGGAAAAAGCGUUUUGCGCAAUGAGCAGACCAGCGUACUUUGCUCGCUGGUUCAAUAUAUUUUUUUCGAAAAGUAUAUUACAAAGAAAUAUUUCAGCAAGACUUAUUCUGGAUGAAAACAUGACCAAGGCUGGAGACGAUAAAAAUUCAAGAUAUAGCAUAUGUUCGAGUCUGUAAAUUACAUGCAUGCCGGAAAAAUAGCCAUUUUUGUUUUUCGCCGCCAUCAGCUUGACUUUCGUGUAAGUCACUAAAGUCGAAAACCAACAGCCGUUCCGUAGCCCCUUUUACAAGCCUUUUUAAAUUCUUUAAGAAGUUUUUUUCAUGUUAAGAUAUUUGCAUUUAAGGAAUUUAAUUAUGCUGCAUAAAUUAUGAUGUCAUAUUUAAGUAAUGGGGAGCUUUGACAUUUUCUGUCAUUAGUAAUUUUAGACCUGAUAAGAGAUGUGCAUUCAAACCUUAUCAAUGCAUAAAUAUUUAUAUAAAGGUGAAUAAUAAAAAAAGAUCAUAAAAAUGCUGUUUAGUGUGUUGACAUGUAGAAGGUGUAUGGCUUCACAGCUUUCAUACUGUAUUUUGAAAAAUGCUUCAAAAGUUUUUAGCAAUAACAAGUUUACCUGGAGUGCUGCUGUCGAGAAAUUUGUUGAUGAUUUGAUGCAUGAAUACGAAAAGUUAAAUAAAACACUUCUAAACUCAAAGGACUUGACUGCAGCAGCAUUAAAAUCCUACUCAAGUAAAGUACAUGAAUUAAAGCCAACAGCAGAAGCGUAUGAAGAGUUAAAGAAAAAACGCGAGGAAAUGUUAGAAAUGGCAGCCUUAGCUGUAUCAGAUGGUGAUUUAAAAACACUUGUAGAUGAAGAAAUGCAAACAUAUCAGUCAGAAAUACGUGUGCUAGAGAAUAACAUUAUGGAUUUCAUUGUUCCUAGAGAUAAAGAUGAUACAAAUGAUGCUGUCUUAGAAGUGACUGCGGCUAGUGGUGGACGAGAAGCAGCAAUCUUCGCUUCUGAAAUGUUUAACAUGUAUUCAAAGUUAGCAUCUAGUAACAGAUGGAAAUUUGAAGUGUUGACCAACAGUGAAAACACGGAAGGAGGUGUGAAAAAAGCAUCUGCAAGUGUUGCUGGGGCGAGUGUUUUUGGGUUUUUAAAGUACGAAUCCGGAGUACAUCGUGUUCAGAGAGUGCCUGUUACAGAGUCACUUGGCCGUGUUCAUACAUCAACUGUAACAGUUGCUGUGCUUCCUCAGCCGCAAAACGUUGAUGUUGUGCUGGACAUGAAAGAUUUGCGUAUUGAUACAUACAAAGCGUCGGGUGCAGGGGGACAACACGUCAACACAACAGAUAGCGCAGUGAGGGUGACGCACGUGCCGACUGGGAUCGUUGUUGCAAUGCAAGACGAAAGAUCACAAACAAUGAAUAAGUCGAAAGCUCUUCGAGUAUUAACAGCUCGUCUCUACGAUCUCGAGCGAUCACGUGCAAUAAAAGAACGUCACGACGUGCGACAAUUACAAGUUGGGUCUGGUCAUCGGUCUGAGCGAAUACGAACUUAUAAUUACUCCCAAGAUCGUGUAACCGACCACAGAAUUGGACUAACUGUACACGGCGUGGAUGACUUUCUUUCAGGCGGUGCAACGUUGUUAGAGUUGAUCGAAAAAUUACAGGCGCACGAUAAACUUUUAGCUUUAGGUAGCAUUACGGACAUGAAGCCGAGUAUCAGGUUGUAAUCUAAAUUUUUACUGUGUUUUAAACACAUUAUGUUUUAUAUCAGUUUUUGCAUCUAUAUUUACUAAAUAAUUCAACCUUA